AGAACAGAUCCCCACGAGGUAUGGAAAUGUAUCUAGGGAUACAAAAGGGACACCAGAUAGGCACUCUAGGGAGAUAAAAAGAUCACCAGAACCAGUGGUAAGGAGGAAAAUACAGACUAGUAGGAGCAAUCAGCAUCCGGUAGAAAGAAUACCAAGGGGGAUAAAUAAUAGAACUGAUUGGGAUGAAAGGAAAAAAAUCCCUACUUAUAACAGAUUUAAUGCCCUCAACACUCAACACAAAGAGGAGGAUUUUUGUGGAGACUACAUGAAGGGCAGGUACAAGGACAACAGACUAGGCUGGGGAACCCCAGGAAAAAGAGGACGGAGUAUAGAGGAGGAAUUCUUUUACAAAAAAGGGAAAAAAAAAGUCAGAGAAUAA